CCCCGGCUCAGUCGGCAGCUAGCGGCUUCAGGCUUCAGUUCUCUUCCAGCCGGUUCGCUAAACGGUCGCGGGUACACACGCGUGCGGGCAGCAGCAACAGUGUAGUUCGGUUCGCGCGCGCGUCAGCGUUGACGGUGAGCGGAAGGUUCUUCGGGCGGUCGAUCGCGGAUCUACGGUGUCCGUCGUGGGGCUAGGCGGAGUGUGUUUGUGUGUGGUACUUUAGGAAAAUCAUCCAGAGGCGGUGGAGAGGAAAAAUGGAAAAUUGAAAUUUGCUGCUUACUAGUUUCACUAUCACACGGGUGCACUUCUAUAGUGCAUCGACGGAGACGAGAUAAAAGUGGGGAUAAAUAGUGCAGUUUUGUUUGAUAUCGACGUUGCUUGUCGGUGUGUGCGCGAUUUUCGCUUUCAUCUGGUAGGCCAGGAUUCCGUGGCGAUUUUGCUGUUACCAUUCUACCAAACCCACUUGGCAGAAGGCGAAGUAGACGAUGGUUGGUCAAAGCAAACCAACAAAAAAUCGGCAAAAUUCCACGAUUCCAGUUGAAUUCGCGUCAUCGCAUCCGUACAAAAUGAGUGAUUGUGCUAAUUGAGUGAACAAGCUCGUGCAAACUAAUACUCUCGCAUGGGUGUGUGUGAUGAUCAGAAGAAACAAAAAACAACGCAAUUUUGGAUUACGGCUGCAGGCUGAGCAUUGAGUACGAGAUCAGUUCGUGCCUCCCCGUCUGAGUGCUGCUGAAUCAUCUCGAUUGAUCUCUCGUUGUAGAGUGUUCCUAGUUUGUGAAACACUUACUACCACCGCUACGUUGCGGACGGCUCUACAGUUACGUGUCGAGUGGCUCAGUAGUUCCGUAUAGUUUUCUGUGCACCGAAGAAUGCUGAAAAAGGAGAAACCAAUGCUGUCGGUAGCGGCGAUCAUUCAGGCGCAGGGACGAUGGGAUCGAACACUCCCACUUGCGGGGUUGGCAGGUUUCGAUGCCACCCUCGUCGGUCACUUGGGACCACUGUCCCCGCAGGACAUGAAGCCGGAUCUCAAACCGGACAUCUCGUUGCUAAACGGAAGUGUGGGCCCAUUCUCACCCGGUAACAACUGUGGCCCGGCUAGCCCCGGCACCUUCAACCAGCAGGUCGCAGCAGUUCUCCAGCAGCAGCAAAAUGUCAACAGUCAAAGCAGUCUCAACAGUCCGCAACAGCAGAUGCAAAAUUCUGCCGGCGGUGGUGGUGGUGGCGGUGGUGUUAGUGGCGGAGGAGGUGUUGGAUCCGGGCAGCACUAUCCACCAAAUCACCCGCUUAGUGGUUCGAAGCAUCUUUGCUCGAUCUGCGGCGAUCGGGCCAGUGGAAAGCACUACGGUGUCUAUAGCUGUGAGGGAUGCAAAGGAUUUUUCAAACGGACGGUGCGGAAGGAUCUGUCCUACGCCUGCCGGGAGGACAAGAACUGCACGAUAGACAAACGCCAAAGAAACCGCUGCCAGUACUGUCGCUAUCAGAAGUGUCUCGCCUGCGGUAUGAAACGGGAAGCCGUCCAGGAGGAGCGGCAACGGAGUUCCAAGUUCUCCAUAAAGGUAAAGAAUGAGGAAAUCAAUUCUACCAGUUCGGUGCGUGAUGUUACGAUCGAGCGAAUCCAUGAGGCUGAACUGCUGAGCGAACAGAAGAGUGGUGAUAAUGCGAUUCCGUAUCUUCGAGUCGGGUCCAAUUCGAUGAUUCCGCCGGAAUUCAAGAUCCCAGUCUCGCACCUGUGUCAGAUGGUGAACAAACAAAUCUACCAGCUGAUAGACUACGCUCGGCGGAUGCCAAACUUUACCAAUCUCCACCGGGACGACCAGGUGAUGCUACUUCGGUGCGGUUGGAACGAGAUGCUCAUUGCGUCCGUUGCCUGGAGAAGCAUGGAGUACAUUGAAACGGAACGUUCGCCUGACGGCAGUCGGGUGAUGAUCCGACAACCCCAGCAGCUGUGUUUGGGACCGGGAUUUACCCUUCACCGGAACAGCGCUCUGCAGGCUGGGGUGGACACGUUGUUCGAUCGAAUUCUUUGUGAGCUCGGAAUCAAAAUGAAACGGCUAGAAGUAACACGAGCAGAACUCGGCGUUCUCAAGGCUAUUAUCCUGUUUAAUCCUGAUAUACGAGGACUAAAAAGCCAGAAAGAAAUCGAUCAAAUGCGGGAAAAGAUCUACUCUUGUCUAGACGAGCAUUGCAAGCAGCAGCAUCCCGCGGAAGAAGGACGAUUCGCGCAGUUACUGCUUAGGCUGCCGGCCCUGCGCUCGAUCAGUCUCAAGUGUCUCGAUCAUCUCAAUUUCAUACGAUUGCUCAGUGAUAAGCAUUUGGAUAACUUCAUUAUAGAGAUGCUCGAUAUGCCGAUGUAAAAAGGAACAGUUGACACAUUUACGGUAUUCGUCUCCUCAUCACAUUUAUUAUUUUUAUCACUACCGAUAGGGUUACUUUCUGCGGCUGUAGAAAGCUUGAAAUUUUAGGAUUUUUCUUAUGUCAGAAAAAACAACAGUACUAUGAAGUUUUAAGCAAAUUGUAGGACUCAGUAACUUAUUAAAUAAUAAAUAUAUUUUAAUAUAUAUUAAAUAUAAACUAAAUUAAAGAAAUUAAAAAAUGGUGCAAAUAGAUUUUAUGAAAAAUCGAUUUAUGAUUACAAAAAGAACUCUGUUGAUACAAA